AUGCCAAUCAAUAUAGAUUUUAUUAUAGAGGAGAGUGAUAGAGAUCGGUAUAUCGAAGAGAUAGUGGGAAACUCUAGUUCGUGCCACGCUUUGAAAAGACACAUUCUUUUGGGGGAGAGUUUCUCUGCUGCAAAGAAGUUGAGGUAUGCCUUUGUGGAGGAUGUUCUGCGGGCUAUUCCGUGCGCUGAAAUUUUGCGGAAAAGAGUGAUCUCAUACGGGGACUUGAAACUUGCGCUUUGGAUUUCCGAGCACAUCCGGACGAUUGCGCACAGUAUAUCGCACAAUGAAGUGCUGAGCUCAUUUUUCCGGGAGGGUUUUCACGCAAAUUUUGCGAAUGUUUUUGUCUCCCUUCUGGAGCAGAGAAUAAACAAGUACAUGGACGUGUACAAGGCAUUUGAGGCUCUGAAGUUGAUUUACGUGGAGACAGGAGAGGAUACUUUUAAUGAGGCUCUUGAAGAGGCGAUGCAGGCCCGGCGGGAGAUGUACGUUUCUGCUCCGGAGGUGGAGAUGAAGCUGGAGGCUUUGAAGGUCGUAGUAGAUCGAGCUCUGAUGAAGCACAGAAUUGCCCACAAUUUCUUGACAAUAGAUACUGUAUAUGCGGAUAUGGGGCAGAUGUACCUCUUUGAGUACAUGGAGAGACUGAUGUCCCGGGUGAAAGAGAUAAAUUAUAAGAGAAUGUCGAAGAAUGAUGCACAUACUCUCGACGUAUUCUACUCUGUGGUGAACAAGCAUUGGAAUGAGCUUUUGAGAAACGAGAUUUAUCUGGACGGUUUGAAUAUGCCGUGUCAUUUCCUCUUUGAAAGAAUACAGCCUAAUACUAUGGAUAUAAGAGAUUGCCGGAUAUGGGUAUAUGAUAUUGUUAUUUCCCAUGUGAAUCUUCUGAAAAAUUACGUACUUUUCCUUCUGGGGGAGAAUUAUGCGAAUUACCACGUUUCAUUUGAUGAAAGUCCCAGGAGUGUAUGGAAGAGGAUACAGAAAGUGCCCGAGCAGAUGAUUCGCAGGAAAGUGGGCGCUGUUUCCUCCUAUACCCAAAAGGGGAGAAAGUACCAGAGGGAGAGGCGGAGGAAGCUUUUGGGCGUGAGUCUUUACAUUAUGUAUGCUCUGAGCUUCCUGCUACUCUUCUACGCGGGAGUUCGCGCGGGGUAUGCGAAUAUUGCUUUCCAUGCGGGUUUAUGCGGGCUUAAGAAGGUCUCUCGCGUGGCUAAGAAGCUGAAUUUUCCCAGGGAAUAG